AUGCCUCAGUACACAAGCCGAGACGUCGGCGACCCGUCGCAAAUCAAGAAGAACAAGCAGAGCAUGGCAGAUCUGAAGCUGCGUCGAUUGACAGAGCUCAACAGCCGACUGCGCGAGGAUCUCGAGAGGGAACGAAUUCCCGUCAGCCAGGCCAGCAAGAGCAUCAUUGCCUACUGCAACAGCACUCGAGAUUACAUGGUCCCUUCGGUGUGGGGAGUCGUUCCCAAGGGUGAGGAUCCGUACGCUCCCCAACAGAGCGGCGGCUGCUGUGUGGUUAUGUAA